AAAACCGAAGUUAAUUCUGGGACGGAGGGAGUAUAAUUAUUGUUGUGUUUUAGAAAAAGCAUAAUCCCUUCCAAACACCAUUCACUUAGCUUCUUCUAUGCUUCUGCAACCUGUAGGCCUGACCCCUGCAGGUUCCGAGUCCCUCCUACGUGUCAGUUUAUACUUGAAGGAUUGCGUGAGAAAUGGAACUGCAGCAACUUGCUGUAAGAACGCCAUUUUUGUCCUCUCUAUCGAGAAAUGGAACUUCUUCAUUCCGGAGAAACCAACAGAGAAUGUCCACGAUUCUUCCCUCGAGGUUACUGAUUUUAACUCCUCUAUGGCUGCCACUAUUCAGCUCCUCAUCUCUUUCGGAUGCAAAUUUUAUAACAUGUGGAAUAAGAGCUUCAAAAAUAGAAGAAUUACUCAGUUUUCACAAUGGGAAUGAUAAAGAUGAUGAAGAUUAUGAAUCGGAUAAGAGUGACAAAAAGGUUGAUGAUGAUUCCUUUGUAAUGGAUAAGGAAGAGAGGCUCGAGUGGAGGAGAAAGAUUAGGAAAGUUAUGGACACAUAUCCUGAGAUCAAAGAAGAAGAAGAAGAAACAGACAUGGAUGAUAAGCAGAAAAGAAUACAAAAGCUUUUGGCGGAUUACCCUCUUGUUGUGGAAGAAGAAGAUCCUGAUUGGCCAGAGGACGCAGAGGGGAGGGGUUUCAACUUAGAUCAGUUCUUUAAUAAGAUUACCAUAAAAAAUGUGAAAAAGGAUAAUGAUGACGAUAACGAUGAUGAUUUUAACAGCGAGAAUGAGAUAGUGUGGCAAGAUGAUGAUUAUAUUCGCCCUAUUAAAGACUUGACUACCCCACACUGGGAAGAAGCCGUGUUCAAGGACUUCAGUCCCUUGAUUCUCCUUGUUCAUAACCGUUAUAUGAGGCCAAAGGAAAAUGAGAAGUUAAGGAAUGAAUUGGAGAAGGCUGUACACGUUUUCUGGAAUUGCAGAAUCCCAUCACCCAGGUGUUUAGCCAUUGAUGCUGUUGUGGAGCAUGAUUUGGUGUCUGCUCUGAACGUAUCUAUUUUCCCUGAGCUCAUAUUCACCAAAUCCGGAAAGAUAUUGCACCGCGAAAAAGCACUUCGAUCGGCAGAUGAUCUGUCAAAAGUAAUCGCAUUCUUUUACUAUGGAGCUGCAAAGCCACCUUGUCUAGAUGCAUCUGUAAAUGGAGACGGUGAAGAGAAAGUUCCUACAGUCCAAACAAGCCAUAAAGAAGGCUAACUGUGGUCCCCCUUUCAGGUAAUAAGGACCUCACCUGCAAUAUUUCCUCUGCUAUUAUGUAUUCAAUAAUGUGAUUCUUAAAAUUCUUUUGUUGAUGGAUGUAAACAGGAAGGGUAAGUAGUUUAAUUUGAGAUAUAUUGCUGCUCGUUAUGAAUGUGAUAGACACCCAGCUAUGCAGCCUACUCAAUUUUAUAAUAAGGUUUAUCAAAGAAGGGCCUGGGGGUAGUCUGGUAAUUAGCUAGUUAUUUGAGUACUGUUGCUUUACGUUUUAACCCUGCGUGGAUAUAGUACUAUAAAUAGUAAGAAUACGGGCUGGGGAUAGGCAGGCUGUUAUUCAGUUGGCAAUUGGCUUGGAGAGUGGACUUCUCGAACAGUCCCAAGGCUUGUAUACGUUCUGUGAUUUUCUAUCAUUCAAUAAACCUCUUCCAAUCUAUUCUCUCCAUAUUUCCUUAUAUCUGUAGCUGUUUGCUUGAUUAAUUCCAGUAACCUAUCAGAAUGAGUAUUUAUUAUUAAUUUAUUUAUCUUAUACAUUUGUA